AUGCUGCGAAAUUUCACGCGAGCCUCCUCAAGUCUAAUUCGAGCUGGAACUGCUGCCGAAAACCUAUCAGCCGAGCAAAUCUGGCAACGACGCUCCAAAUUACGCGUGCCCAAAUUGCAAAAAGACGAGCAGCUCUCAUCGAAAGUCUAUUUUGCUGCGAAAGAAUGGGAAUUGGACAAAAAAGCGAAUCGAGAUGAAGGAGAAGUGGAUCCGUUGAAAAAUUAUGGAAUGACACCCGAGAAAUGGAGAUAUUAUAAUACUGUGAGUGGAAUUUUUGGGCGGGAAUUUGGGGAAUUUGAAAAUUCAAAAAUCAAUUUUCUUCAGAUUGUCUGGCCACCAAACUACACUGUACCCGAAACCGGUCUCCCGAAAACCAAAGAAGUAUUUUAUUGUCAAGAAAAUAUGCAUUUUUCGCCGAAAAGAAUGUGGACGGCUUGUCAAUUAAUUUGGAAAAUGAAUGUGGAUGAAGCGCUGACACAAUUGGAUUUGCAACAAUUAAAAGUGAGCGAUUUUGAGCCGAAAAUGGUGAAAAACUGAUAAUUUUCGACCAUGACCUAGAAAACCAUUUGGAAAACUAGUCCCCCAUUUCAUUUCUUUUUCCAGUCGUGCACAAUGUUGGCUGAAACUCUACGAAAAGCCAAACAACAAGCGGCCGAUGAAUUCCACAUUGAAUUUCCGAGUCAAAUGUAUGUGGCUGACGCAUUUCCGGUGCAAUCGAAUAUUGUCAAAGGUACGGUGGCAUUUUUGGCGGGAAAAUUGGGGAAAUUUCGGGAAAACUGAGCGAAUUUUAAAAUUUCAUAUAUUUUCGGGUCUAAUUUUCUCAAAAUUCAGGCUGAAAAAUUCUAAAAACUAUUAUUAUUUGAUCAAAAAUAAUCAAAAUUUCCCGAAUUUUCAGCUGAUUUGCUUAAAAUUCACCUAGAAAUCCCAAAUUUCUCUCCAAAAAUCCCAAAUUUAAUUACAGGUGCCCGCCGUCACGCUCACGAAGAUUGGAACACAAUUCGCUAUCGUUAUAUCAACAUUUUUGUGCGUCUCGAAUCUGGCCCGCCGCCAAAUUUCAAACAAAGAUUCGCGCCAAAAUCCGGAUUCGAUCAUAUGGAGAAUUAUUACGAUUAUUUGAGAUCCAGACAAAUUAAGUACAGUAUCUAG